AUGCAUGCAUCGUAUCGUGCUCAUCCAUCUCUAUCGAGCCCGGCAGGGACAACCACUGCACACAGGCUAGCACGUACUUUUUCUUGUUUGCUUGUUUGUUUCAAUCGAGUAUUGUCGGUCGAGUCCUCCGGUCCCGCCAUGGCCGACUACCGCACCGUCCUAUCCAACAUCGUAUACGUCCUCUGGUGGCCCACCGAUAGGAUCAUUCGCGCCAUCAAAUACACCCUUUCACCGUUCUGGACUCUCAUCACAUUCGUCUUCCUCCCUGUCACCUAUCUCGUGCAGACCGUCCUCAGCAUAGUCUUGUUUCCUUUCCGGGUAGAUGUGUUGGAGCGCGUCGAGACAAUCUACAUCUGGCUGGGCGUGGCCGCUCUUGUGGGUUGCAUCACGGGGGGAGUACUUUAUUUGAUCUACCGCGGCCUCACAUCUGCGCUCAAUAUUGAUGCCUCUGCUGCAGCGGAACCAAAGAAGGCAGCACCCAGGGGGAAGACGAUAGAACAGUUUCGGGCAGCCAGGCGCGAGAAGCGUGGAGCGGAGUUUGAUGGAUCUUCCAGCUCGACAACCUUGAGAUCCAAGCCAGCGCGCCGGCGAGGUAUAUCGUCAUCGUCGUAUGCCAUCAUGGAAGAAGAGUCUGAAUUUUGA